AGAAAAGAGAAGCAAAAAUAUAUAAGAACACGAACUCGCCACAGGGCCACACAAACUCAAACGAAGCCUCUACGUGUCGCGCCUCGUUUUAAGUUCUAGGUGGAUCUUCAAAGAUCAAACUGUUAAAAAUCUCCUCGAUCCAAAUGGUAAGAGCCUUGAUUGUCGAAUCGAAUCAUACUCGCCACGAGCUAUCGAGCGAGCAGCAGCAGUAGCAGCAGCUCGCCAGGUCCCCCAUGUGCUAGCCUCCAUUUCUUCUUUUUAAUUCCAUUCCAGCUUGUUCUUUCUUCUUCUUCUUCUUCUUCUUCCAGUUCUUCGAGAACCGAGAGCUCCAAACUAUUUCGUCUUCGUCUCCCCUAGCGUUCUUCGCUGCCUCGAUCUCUAGAACCCAAUCCUCGAGCCAUGGGAGAUGGAGAAGAUCGCUGCUCGGGCGAUGGAAGCUCCGGAGUGGCGUCGUCACUGUCGUAAGUAACUUGUUCCAUCGUCUCUCUUCUUCUUCUUCCUCUUCUUCUUCCCUUCUCUCCAUCCUCGAGCUAUGCGGAGCUUGAGCUGGGACGAGCUAGAUCAAGCUCAAGCUCCACGCCUCCCGGAUGGCACUGACGACCUCUGGAUCGACUUCCAGCCACUCCCAUCCUCCCUGUUUGAAUCCUCCGCACCACCACCGUCCGGAGCAGCAAAGCCCACGGCCUCAAACUUCCGUAGAGACGACGACGACACAACCACUGCCAGUGCCGUCUCAUUCGCCUUCAUCGCAAUCGCAGUCCUCGUCUCUAUGUUCCUCGUCAUCGCCAUCUUCGAGAGGAUCCUUCGGCCCCGCCGGAGCCUCGGCCAGCUCCAUCACCCCCAUGACCUCGACGUCGAGUUCUCGCAGAUGUCUCAGCGGCCACUGCAGUGGGGCUCUUCCGGAAUUGUUGCCUCCACCACCAUUGGGAAGUCUCCAACUACUUCUUACGGGAAAGGAGUGUCGGUCCUGAUGCCUGGCCAUGUGUUCCCAACCUUCAUAGCUCAUCCCGCACCAAUUGUGGCCGAGACAAAAGCUGCAACUGGAACAGAGGUCUGAAUGAGUGCUGCUGUCUUUGAGCCUAUAGUGCGACCUGUAACCAAAGAUAAAAAAAAAAAAGGAAAAGGAAACACCAACAACUGUUCAGCCAAGACAAACGCCAAUCAAGGAACCUGGUUCGGAGAACUCUUUCGGCUGCGGAGUACUUUAUGUUUCUCCCUUCCUCUCACAUGGCCAGCCACCAGAAGGAGCAGAAAGCAGCACCGCAUUUGAAUUACAACACACACCAAAAGUUAAGAGAAUAUUUUUUUUCUUCCAGAGCAACUCGUCAGUUCUAGAAAA